UCUAUCCCUUCCACGGGAGUAAACACAUCAGGAGGGUCGAACUGGAAUUUUCCUUUUCAUGACUCGUUCAUUGCUACUGUUGCAAUUCAUCGCGGCGGUGGUCGUCUUCUCUUCGUUCGAUCUGACGACCCUCCGCCUCCUCCCCCUCUCAAUGCAUCCUCCGAUCUGAUUCCACCGCCAUGGCCUCCUUCCAACCUCUCGGCGGUAGCUCCCGCUCCGGCCGCAUCCUCGCCCCCGCCCUCGACAAGAUCAUCAAGAACGCCGCCUGGCGCAAGCACUCCAACCUCGUCUCCGCCUGCAAGGCCGCCCUCGACCGCCUGGAGACCUUCUCAGACUCCCCCGACCACUCCUCCCCCCUCCUCGGCAUCCCUCCUCCAGACGCCGACUUCGUCCUCCACCCCCUCGUCCUCGCCAUCGAGUCCGCCUAUCCCAAGGUCACCGAGACCGCCCUCGAGUGUGCCCAGAAGCUUUUCUCCCACGGCCUCCUCCGCGGCGACAUCAACCUCCCUGCCGACGCCGAUAAUACGCUCGGCUCUUCCGCCUCUCGCCUCCUCACGUCCGUCUGCUCCUGCUGUGGGAUCGGCGAUGAAGCCCUAGAGCUCUCCAUGCUCAGGGUCUUUAUUGCCUCCGUCCGUUCGCCCUUCGUGCUGAUCCGCGACGAGUGCUUGGCCCAGAUCAUCCGGAGCUGCUACAACGUGUACCUUGGCAGCCAGAGCGGAGCCAAUCAGUUGUGUGCCAAAUUGGUCCUAGCUCAGAUCGUCGUCAUCAUGUUUACUAGAGUGGAGGCUGAUUCCCCGGAUGUCAGGAUCCGGAUUGUUUCUAUUGCCGACAUGAUGGAUCUAUCAGAUAGGAACUUGAAUGAUUCCAGUCUGGUACAGUCCGCGCAGAAUUUUAUUAAUGAGGUAAUGGCAGGAAGAGACGCAGACCCCCUGCCUUCUAAAUCGAACAAGGAGGUUUCUCUGCUCCGCGAUGCAGAAGGAGAGGCGGUUGCAAAUGGCGGUGGAUUGAGCAAGAUCAGAGAGGAUGGUUUGUUUCUUUUCAAAAACUUGUGCAAGCUCUCAAUGAAGUUCUCCACGCAAGAGAAUCCUGAGGACCCUCUCUUAAUGAGGGGGAAGGUUUUGUCGCUGGAGCUUCUAAAGAUAGGAAUAGAGACUGCUGGGCCUCUUUGGCGGGCAAAUGAGUGGUUUCUUGGAGCUAUCAAACAAUACCUUUGUUUAUCCUUGUUGAAGAACAGUGCACUAUCAGUGAUGAGUAUUUUUCAGCUUCUUUGCUCUAUUUUCAUGGGCUUAUUGUCAAAAUUUAGAUCAGGGCUGAAGGAGGAAGUUGGAAUUUUCUUUCCUAUGCUUAUCCUGCGUAUCCUUGAAAACAUUCUUCAGCCUAGCUUUUUACAGAAAAUGAUUGUUCUCGACCUAUUGGAAAAGAUCUGCCAGGUUUCGCAGAUUAUGGUUGACAUUUUUGUGAAUUAUGAUUGUGAUGUGAAUUCACCAAAUAUCUUUGAAAGGGUUGUUAAUGGUCUUCUGAAGACAGCUCUAGGUGUUCCUCCUGGAUCAGCAACAUCGCUAUCCCCAGCGCAGGAUACCACAUUACGGAUUGAGUCAGUGAAGUGCCUCAAUUGUAUCAUUAAAUCAAUGGGUGUAUGGAUGGACCAGCAGCUGAGAUUGGGUGAUUUUGCUCCAGAGAGUCAUGAAAAUGAGCAUUCUUCAGAGAAUCUUACUUCUUUGAAUGGUGAGGAAGGAAGUGUGACUGACCAUGAUCUGCAUUCGGAUGCAAACCACGAGCCCUCUGAUACAGCUUCACUGGAACAACGCAGGGCAUAUAAGUUGGAGUUUCAGAAAGGUGUCGCAUUGUUUAAUAAAAAACCUUCAAAGGGUAUUGAUUUUCUAAUCAAAAUCAAGAAAAUAGGCGCGUCUCCUGAAGAAGUAGCUUCCUUCUUGAAGAAUGCUUCUGGUCUAAAUCCAUCUGUGGUUGGAGACUAUUUGGGUGAAAGGGAAGACUUCUCUUUGAAAGUAAUGCAUGCAUAUGUUGACUCAAUAAAUUUUGAGGGUAUGAAUUUUGGUGAAGCUAUUAGGUUCUUCUUAAAAGGUUUCAGAUUGCCUGGAGAAGCACAGAAAAUUGACCGCAUAAUGGAAAAGUUUGCAGAACGUUACAGUAAAUGCAACCCGAGUUCUUUUACCAGUGCAGAUACUGCUUAUGUUCUUGCUUAUUCUGUGAUUAUGUUGAACACUGAUGCACACAACAACAUGGUCAAAGAUAAGAUGUCGAAAUCUGAGUUCAUUCGCAACAAUCGAGGAAUAGAUGAUGGAAAGGAUUUACCAGAAGAAUAUCUUGGUUCUUUGUAUGAUCAAAUUGUGAAAAGUGAAAUAAAAAUCAGUGCUGAUAUUUCUACUCCACAAAAUAAACAGACAAACGGCAUCAACAAGCUUUUGGGAUUUGACAACAUUUUCAAUUUGGUCAAUUGGAAGCAAUCUGAAGAGAAGGCAUUAGGAGCAAGUGAUCAUCUUAUUAAGCACAUCCAAGAGCAAUUUAAAGCAAAAAGUGGAAAAUCAGAGUCUAUGUUCUAUAUUGUCACGGAUACAGCGAUCCUAAGAUUCAUGAUGGAGGCUUGCUGGGCUCCCUUGAUGGCUGCUUUCAGUAUGACACUCGACCAAAGCGAUGACAUGUCUGCCACAGCACAGUGUUUGCAAGGCUUCCGAUAUGCAGUGCAUGUCACCUCAGUGAUGCAUAUGCAGACACAAAGAGAUGCUUUUGUUACGUCAGUUGCUAAAUUCACAUACCUCCAUUGUGCUGCUGAUAUGAAGCAGAAGAAUGUUGAUGCUGUUAAGGCUAUAAUAUCAAUUGCCAUUGGAGAUGGUAAUUAUCUACAAGAAUCCUGGGAGCACAUAUUUACAUGUCUUUCACGGUUUGAGCAUUUGCACCUACUAGGAGAGGGUGCACCACCCGAUUCUUCAUUCUUUACAGCACCACUCACUGAAGCAGAAGACAGAGCACAGAAAAUAACAUCCGUGAAGAAGAAAGGAAAUGCUCUUCAAAAUCCAGCAGUGAUGGCAGUGGUUCGAGGGGGUUCUUAUGAUAGCGCAUCCAUGGGAAAUAAGGUUUCUGCUUUAGUUACAUCAGAUCAGAUGAAUAACUUCAUUUCCAAUUUAAAUCUGUUGGACCAGAUUGGUACUUUUGAGCUAAACCACAUAUUUGCUCAUAGCCAAAGAUUGAAUGGUGAUGCAAUUGUAGCUUUUGUGAGGGCCCUGUGUAAGGUUUCAAUGACAGAAUUGCAAUCUCCAACAGAUCCUCGUGUUUUCAGCCUCACAAAAAUAGUUGAAAUUGCGCAUUACAAUAUGAAUCAUAUACGAUUGGUUUGGUCCUGCAUCUGGAAUGUUCUUUCUGAAUUUUUUGUUUCAGUUGGGUUGUCAGAAAAUCUUUCAGUCGCAAUCUUUGUAAUGGAUUCACUAAGGCAAUUAGCGAUGAAAUUUUUGGAGCGAGAAGAACUUGCUAAUUAUAACUUCCAGAAUGAAUUCUUGAAACCUUUUGUGGUCAUCAUGCAGAAAAGUAAUUCUUCUGAAAUUCGUGAGCUUAUUGUUCGAUGUGUUUCUCAGAUGGUUUUGAGUUGUGUUAAUCAUGUGAAGUCUGGGUGGAAAAGUGUUUUCAUGGUUUUCACAACUGCUGCCGCCGAUGAACGUAAGAGUAUUGUACUGUUAGCUUUUGAGACCAUGGAGAAAAUAGUUAGAGAUUACUUUCCUUACAUAACUGAGACUGAGACCACAGCAUUCACUGACUGUGUGAAGUGUCUGAUUGCAUUUACAAAUAGCAGAUUCAAUAGUGAUGCUAGCCUCAAUGCCAUUGCAUUUCUCCGGUUUUGUGCUGUUAAACUCGCAGAAGGAGGCCUAGUGUGCUAUGAUAACAUUUCCGAGGGCCAUUUAGGGAACAGAGAUGGUUCUGAUGGAAAUUUGACUGAAAAAGAUGAUCUUGCUUUCUUUUGGCUACCGUUACUAAAAGGUUUAUCUAAGUUGACCUCCGAUACUCGGCCAACUAUCAGAAAAGGUGCUCUGGAAGUACUCUUCGAUAUUCUGAAUGACCAUGGUCACCUUUUUACUGACACCUUCUGGAUCAAUAUCCUGAAGCUUGUGAUUUACCCCAUUUUUAGCAACACACGGAAUAUAACUGUUGGUCAAGUUCUAUCAGUUCAUGAUUCUCUGUUUCCUGACAAUGAUUCUGCAAAAUCUGAAACUGAUACUUUGGCAGCAAAAUGUUUGAUUGACCUAUUUGUCAAUUUUUUUGAGGUAUUGCAGUCACAUCUUGGAAAUGUUGUAGGUAUUGUUACAAGUUUUGUGAGCAGUCCCUACAAGCAAUACGCUAAUGCAGGAAUGGCUGCCCUACUCCAUUUAACUACCCAUCUGGGAAGCAAGCUAUCAGAAGAAGAAUGGAAAGAUAUUUUGGUACCCUUGAAAAAGUCGGCUGCUUCGAUGCUGCCUGUUUUUUCUAGUAUCAUACGGGUCAUGCAAGAUAUUGAAAUUCCGGAUAGAAGCCAUUCUGAUGAAGAACGAUAUUCUGAUCAUGAAUACAUUAACGAGGAUGAAGAGGAGGCUAAUAUGGAAACAGCAUCUUACGCAAUUGUCAGAAUGAAGAAUCACAUAAGCGUUCAGCUCCAGAUUGUACAGGUUGUGAAGAAACUUUAUGAAGUUCAUCGAAAGUGCUUUUCGGCUGCUCAUGUUAGCAUCCUACUGGACAUACUUACAUCCAUCGCUUCACAUUCAAGCGAAGUGAGCAGCGAAACCACCACACAUCAGAAGUUGCAGAAAGCUUGCUCCCUCCUGGAAAUUCCUGAUCCACCAGUUGUUCAUUUUGAGAAUGAAUCUUACCGGAACCUGCUCAAGUUCUUGCAAACCAUACUCACCGAAGACCCUGCUCUGUCCGAUGAGCUAAAAAUAGAAUCGCUUGUUGUGUUCGUUUGCCAGAAAAUAUUCAAGAUCUAUUUAAAUUGUGCCGGACGGCAACCAACCGAUUGUGAGAUUUCAGAUGCCGUCCCAACCGUUCAUGGGAUACUCCAUUUGGGCAGUGCUAAGAAAGAGGAACUAGCUGCGCGGACAUCAUUACUGGUGCUGGCCUUGCAAGUCCUAGGUGGCUUGAGGCAGGAUUCAUUCCGAAGGAGCUUGCGUAUUGUUUUCCCAUCGAUGGUUAGCCUUGUAAGCUGCGAGCACAGUUCCAAUGCAGUGCAGGACGAGCUACAUGAUAUCUUUCAUACAUCGAUAGGACCACUAUUGAUGAACAUAUGAUGUACACAUAUGAUUAUCGCAUUUUUUUUUUCUUUUUGAAUAGCCUUUUAAUUAAUUUUUACUACUGCGGCCUCUGUGAUAUAGUCAUUGUUUAUGCCUCCCCCUGUGUUCAUAAACAACUUUUAGCACCACAAAGGUUUUUGCCAUCCAAAGCAAUGCAACUCCGAAGAGACUUAAACA